AUGGACAGAGACACUGGUCGUCUGUAUGUCACACAGGAACUGGACAGAGAGAAACAGGACAAGUACCUGUUAGGUUUUAAGGUGAUUCAGGUCGUGGCCACCGAUGCUGAUGCACCAAAUACUGACAACUCUGAUAUCAGGUACUUUAUAAUGAGCCAGAGCCCAGAGCAGCCCAGUCCCAACAUGUUUACCAUCAACCCAUCAACUGGAGACAUCAUAGUUAAAGAAGUUGGACUGGACAGAGAGAAAAUCCCUCAAUACAAACUGAAAGUAAAGGCAGCCGACAUGAAAGGAGAAGGUAAUACUGGAUUUGCCGAAGUGAUCAUCAAGGUGACGGACAGCAACAAUCACGCUCCGGUCUUUACAGAACCUUCUUACACGGCCACAGUUAAAGAGAAUGAAGUAGACGCUCUAGUUGUUAAGCUGUCGGUGACAGACGGGGAUGAGCCUCAUACUGCAGCCUGGAAGGCAAAGUCCAGCAUUAUUGAUGGAGAUCCACAAAACCUUUUUACUGUGGAAACAGGAACAAACAAACAGGAAGGAAUCAUCACUACUGCUAAGAGUCUGGACUUUGAGAGAUCCAGUAAGCACACUCUACUGGUCAGAGUGGUGAACGAGGCUCCUUUUGCUCUUGUUUCAUUGGUCACUUCCACUGCCACAGUGGUGGUGACUGUGUUGGAUGUCAACGAACAUCCCAUCUUUGAACCAGUAGAGCGGCGUGUGUCUAAAAGGGAGGAUCUUGCCGUGAACAGCGUUGUGGUGAGGUAUAAAAUACUCAAUGACCCAGCUGGCUGGCUUGGCAUUGAUCAUGAGACUGGUGUGAUAACAGUGAGAAACCAGAUGGACAGAGAAUCCAGCUUUGUUAAGGAAGACAAAUACACAGCUCUGAUUGGUGCUUAUGAUGAUGAUCCGAUCCCAGCGACAGGAACUGGAACUCUGAUCAUUGAACUUGAGGAUGUCAACGACAACGCCCCCUUUAUUGAAGAACGUUCUAUUACAGUGUGCAACAAGAAACCAGCUCCUCGGCUGCUGACUGUGACAGAUAAAGAUGGACCAGGCUUUACUUCUCCGUACAGCGUGAGCUUACAUGACUCUGCUAAGGCCGACUGGAUCGCGAGGAUGAACGACGCCAGAACAGAGAUUAUUCUGACUUCGAACCGUGAGCUAGAGGAGAGAGAUUACACUGUAGCCAUGACUGUUUCAGACACCUCUGGUCUGUCUCAGGUCAGCAAGGUCACAGCUACAGUGAGUGACUGCACUGGAGAAGUAGUGACCCGGCAGGAGAAUACUGUCGGUGGCUCCCACCAGUCAGUCAUCCUGGGAAUACUGAAAGGCAUCCUCAUGCUGCUGUUCAUGCUGGGGCUGCCGUUCUUUCUGUUUGUGAGGCGAAGAAAAGCAGCAGAGGAACCUGUUGAAUUCAAACCAUCUCCACGUCAAAGACAAGUUUGA